AUGCCAAAGCGUAGCGAUGAAAAAAUUGUUUUUGACGAUGGAGAGGACGAGGACAUUGCAGAUCCAAUUGCCAUUAGAGCUGGCUCCGACGAAGAAGAAUCCGAAGACGACGAGGAGGCUAAUGAAGAUCUCAGUCUGAAGAUAUUAGAGAAAGCGUUGUCAAGGCGCGAUUCCGAUGAUUCGAAAGAGACGAGUAUGUCGGAGCUCAACGGUUCUGGCGUAGUGAGUACUGUGAUGGUUAAUGGAGAGAAGUCAAAGGGUAAUAAUAAGCUGAAGAAGAGAACAAAUCUAGAAGAUGAGGAAAUUUCCAUUGCUGCAAAAGACAAAGAUGUGGAGAACAUGGUGGAAGAUUCAAUUAAAAGGGAAGAGGUCGAUGAUGAGGCUGAGAAAUCUGCUGAGCCAUCAAGCAAUUUGGUUUUGAAAAAGCUUCUUCGUGGAGCGAGGUACUUUGAUCCUCCUGAUGCUGGUUGGUUGUCUUGCUACAGCUGUGGAGAGCAAGGUCAUGCAACUGUCAAUUGUCCAACUCCUACCAAGCGUAGAAAGCCUUGCUUUAUAUGCGGGAGCUUGGAACACGGUGCCAAGCAGUGUUCAAAGGGACAUGAUUGUUACAUUUGCAAAAAUAGUGGCCACCGAGCGAGAGAUUGUCCGGAUAAGUAUAAAAGCGGGGCUAAAACAGCUGUAUGUUUAAGAUGUGGAGACUUUGGACAUGACAUGAUUUUGUGCAAGUAUGAGUACUCUCGGGAUGAUUUGAAGGAUAUACAAUGCUAUGUCUGUAAAAGGUUUGGCCAUCUAUGCUGUGUCGAACCUGGUGAUUCACCGACAUGGGCUGUAUCUUGCUACAGAUGUGGUCAACUGGGUCACAUUGGACUGGCAUGUGGUAGAUACUAUGAGGAGAGCACUGAAAAAGACUCUGCUAGUUCAUGCUUUAAGUGUGGGGAAGAAGGACAUUUCUCCCGUGAAUGCCCGAACUCGUUGAGCAUAAGCAAUUCACAGGGCAGAGACUCACCGAAUUUAUGCUACAGAUGUUUUGGAGAAGGACAUUUUGCUCGUGAAUGCCCAAAUCCCUCCUCCCAGGUUUCUAAAAGGAACCGCGAGACAUCGACACCAUCACUCAAAUCGCACAAGAGAUUUAAAGAAGCCUUAGAAUACAACUCUACUCCCCAUGUGUCCAACGGGAAGAAGAAGAAGAAGAACAAUAGAGAGAACUCAGAACACUACUCUACUCCCCAUGAGUCCAACGGGAAGAUGAAGAAGAAGAAGAAUGUAGAGAACUCGGAACACAACUCUACUCCCCAUGAGUCCAACAGGAAGAAGAAGAAGAAGAAUAUAGAGAACUCGGAACACAACUCUACUCCCCAUGAAUCCAACGGGAAGAUGAAGAAGAAGAAUAAAGAAAACGCAGAACACAAUGCUAAUCCUCAUGAAUCCAAUGAGAAGUCAAAGAAGAAGAAGAAGAAAGGACUUAAGGGAGAUCAGCCCCAGAUCUCUCCACAUAAAUCAAAUCAGAGAGGAGGCUGGAUCACAGAGGAGCCAGAAGAAGAUUAUUUCCAAAGGGAAACGAUCAGGAGGCCGAGGUCUCCCAUUACACCAUCAGGUCAUUACCACCACAGAUCUCCCAUUACACCAUCCGGUCAUUACCACCAUCGGUCUGCCAUUACACCAUCCGAUCAUUACCACCAUAGGACACCAACAUUCAAUUCCGGUGGGCAUUACCAGGAUACUCAUUCGACCACACCAUAUGGCAGAAACCAUAGAGUUUCAUCAUUCGAGUCUUAUGAGCAUCGCUCGGCUCAUCCUCCUCCAACAUGGCAGCGUGAUUACCCACCUACCUCUUCCCAUCAUCAUCACCACCAUCAGCAGCAUCAUCAGCACAACAGAUAUGCUCCUGCACCCUCGAGGUAUGGUCCAGCUCACCGCUAUGGUGAUUUUUCAGGAAACUAUGAUCGGUGGUAG